UUCCUCCUUCAAUCAGAUUCCAAGUGCGCGCACGUUAGCAGAGAAGAACAACCAUAACCUUAUCAAUCCAUCGAAGAUCGUUCAUCACAAGUUAUUCAAUGGAUGCGUUCGAGUCAGAGAUUCACCAGGUGUUUGUCAAAUUGCUAGAUGGGAGCCACCGGAUCUUGAAUUUUGACGCGCCUUCCGUCUCCAUCUCCGCCCUCAAACGCCGCAUCGAAGCCCUAACCUCCAUCCCCUCCGACCUCCAGCUCCUCCUUAACAGCUCCCGUAUCCUCGAUGACCACCAAACCCUAAUCCUCCGCCAGAAUUUCCAAUCUUCUGAAACCCUAAUACCUGAUUCCAGUUCCGAAUUGGAUCAAAAUCGAGGCUUUACUCGAUCCCGUUCUGAUGGAUUUGGGAAGUUUCCUGUUGUGGUGAAUUUGUUGCUGAGGCUAAGGGGUGGGAAAGGGGGAUUCGGGUCGUUGUUGAGAGGGGCGGCGACCAAGGCUGGGCAGAAGAAAACGAACAAUUUUGAUGCUUGUAGGGAUAUGAGUGGGCGGAGGCUGCGGCAUGCGAACGCCGAGAAGAAGCUGGAGGAGUGGAAGGCGGGGGCAGAGGAGAGGAGGUUGGAGAAGAUGGCGGAUGAGUUCCUUAAGAAGAAGGCGAAAGAGAUCAAGAAGAGUGGCAAGGGAAAUGGGGGUGAUGGUGCUGAGAAGUAUGUGGCUAAGUAUAGGGAGGAUUCUGAGAAGUGUCGGGAAGAGGUGGAGAGGUCGGUGCGUGAGUCGGUUAAGGGAUUGAUGAGCUCGAAGAGGAAGAACCAGGAGGAGGGGAAUGAGUCUGCUGCCAAGAAGUUUAAGAUAUGGUAUGGUAAGAGAAAAUUGGGUGACAGCGACAGUGAAGAGGAUGAGGAUGAUGACGAAGAUGGUACAUGCGUAAAAGAAGAGAAAAAUGAGGGGUCUGUGAUAAUAGAUGAUGGGAAUCAUUCAGAUUCAAGCAAAGAAGUAGGUGGAAGUUCAGGUUCAGUUGCCAGUGAGGAACUUGGUGCUGGAACUAUUGAACAAGGCUCCUCGGGGAUUUGCUCAGAGGAAGAAGGUAGUGAGGAGUCCUUAAAAUCGACAAAAGGUCUUGAUGGAUGUGGUGAAGAUGGCGAUAGUAAAACUGGGGAUACCCAUGUGAUAAUGAUAGAGAGUCCCAAUGAAAGUAAAGACAAUAAUGGAGUAGUUUCUCCCAGCAAAUCUCACCCAAGUGAGGUACACGAAGUGGUUAGCCAACCCCCUGGUACCUCUGGUUCAGAGGAUGAAGUGGUACUAGCUGCAGAAACAAGAGAAGUUUCUGCUGUGGAAUCAGCAUCUGCUGCUGCAAGUCUUGAAAAUGUAGAGAAACCUCUUAACUUUGAUGAUUAUAAUUCAGCUGCUAUGAUGGAGGUUCUUGGCUUGGAACGGUUAAAAUCAGAACUUCAAGCCCGUGGGUUGAAGUGUGGUGGCACUCUGAAAGAACGUGCAGAGAGGCUUUUCCUUCUCAAAACCACCCCGUUGGAGAUGCUUCCUAAGAAGCUGUUUGCCAAGAAAUGAAACCCCUAGUACUACUCCUCGUCUUUCUAUGAACGGGGGCUAUUCUACUGCUUUUAUCGAAUAGAUGACGAAGUCGUCACUAUUUACUGAUGAUGUAUGUGAAUUUUCUGUGUUAGCUGUUCAAGAAAUGAACUUUCUUCUUCAUAUC